AUGUCACAUCAAUCAGCGUAUCACAGAGCAGUACUACGUGAUAAGGGUACUUUUGAAGGUAAGGAUUUCCUAGUCUCAACUGAUUCCAUAAGUUGGAUUAGGGUUGAUUCAUUAUCAAUCACUGAGCAUGGACAAUUGUACUCUUCUGAUGAACAAGCAAACCAUUAUUUACUAUUACAAUCGCUACAAUCAUGCCACAUACAAAUUAUGACAAAUGUUGGACAAUCAUCCACUUCUAAACAGCAGCAGCAGCAGCAACAACAACACUCACCACCCAGUAAACGAAGCUUGGUAGCCAAGCGUAACGGGCAUCAACAGAAUGAAACUUUGGAAGAUGAGCCACCUACUGUUUUUAUCAAGACGUUUGAUAAUGAUAAGUUGUACAUUAGGGUUGCAUCUAAAGCUAAUUUCGGUAAUUUAAUUAGUAGUUUGAUAGUGUGGCAAAAUUUAAAACCUCAAGGGUUGGCCAAAAAGUGGUAUAGUGAAAACAAGGUGGUCAAUCAAAUCGAUGUUCCACCUAAUGAGUUAUUGGUAUGUCGGUUUAAAAUAUAUGGGCCAUUGCCUAAUAAAUACAAGAAUUUGAAUAUAAUCAAUGGACCUCAAGCUCCCACAUAUCAACCGAAAAUUGAUGAUUUUGUCAUGAAUUCACAUAACGGUUCUGUUUUCCAACAAUCUGGUGAUAAUAAUAUUAAUGAAGGAUGGUUUUAUGCUAUGGGUGCAUUAAAUUCUAAUGGGAUACUAAAUAUAAUUAGUGAAUUGGAUGGAACUCUAUUGUAUUCAAUUGAUAUCAAGACAAUAUUGGCUAGUGAAAUACGAGAAGUGCACCAUUCCAUCUUCAAUAGCAGUAAUGUACUAUUUGUGGGACAAUUGAAAGAAUUACGGUACAAUAACACCAUAAGAACUACAACUACAUUAACUGCAGAUCAACUAUUGACAACGUUUUUAACUCGAGAAGGGAAAAUCAUCCCAAGUAAUCAUCGUAUUUUUAUUGAAUUCCCAUUACAUAUUGAUUUAGAAGAUUGGUUUGUUGGGCUAAACUAUUUUGCAAAACGGGAAUAUAUUGGUUCGUUUAACAAUGAAUCAAAAUUGGUUAUUGAAAAUAGGGAAAAUCCUCAAUUACGUGAUUUUAGUAAAGCACAUUUCAGAGUAUCAAAAAAGUUGACUAUUGAUAUAAUUGAAGCAAAAUUUGAAAAUAUAACCAAUAACAUUCACUCUACCACCACCACCACUACCACCACCAACAACAACAACAACAAAAGCUCCACCAAGAUUUAUGCUGAAGUACGAAUGUGGGGAUAUCCUUGGUCCAGAACUGCUAUUGUCAAUCAAUCAAAUAAUCCAUUUUGGAAGGAGGAGUUUCUGACUGAUUUACCGAUAUCUACUCAAAUGAUUCAUAUUUUGAUCAAAAGGUGUAAUCACGAUGCAUCUUACUCACCACAAGAUAAACUUAUCGGUACCAUUUAUGUAACUCCUGAUAUUCUCACUAAGCAAAUUAGAACAAGUUCAACAAUAAUGACUAGUGCAGGAUCAGUAAACAGUAUACAGGUUAAUUCAAUUCCACUACCAUCAAUAACAGACAACGCCAACAGUACCAAUCUUGAUAUCAUGCGAUUAACCAUUUACGAUCCAAAUAAUAUUCCCAUUGGGAAGCUUCUAAUUGAAGUUAAUUUAAAAGAACAUCAUAUCCUACCACCGCAAUAUUUCAAACCAAUGGAAAAAAUGUUGGUGAAUGCUCCUUGGAAAGAUUUGAUCAAGUUUUGUAAUGAAAAUGUCUCAUCAGCAGAAUUUGAAAGAAUUAGUGUGGUCUUAUUAGACAUUUUCCAAAGUUUAGGAGUUGAAGAUGAAUGGUUUAAGAAUCUAAUGGAAAGCGAAUUGGUUAAUUUAGAUAUGGCUUCAAGGAAAAGUUACCACAAGAGAAAUAGUCAAGAUAAAAAGGACACCGCAGGUUCCACAUCACUGAAUAAUGUAUUCAACACCUUGUUUCGAGGAUCAUCAAUUUUUUCCAAAUCAUUAGAAAAAUAUAAUUUACGAAUUGGUCAAGAAUACUUGGAAAAAGUGUUUGGGGAUUUCUUUGCCAAGAUUGAUGCUGAGGGUAAAAAUUGUGAAGUUGAUCCUCGAUAUGUGCGAGUUCAAGAACGAGCAUUGAGAAAAGAUCAUUCUACAAUUGAUGAUGCUGAUGAUUUUGAUGAUGAUAGUAGUGAUGGUGAAUAUGACUCUGAUUUGGAACGAGAAAAAGAUGAACGGGUGAAGCAAAUGGUUGAAGAAAAUUAUCAAAAUUUGUUGAGAUAUGCCGAAGAAAUUUGGCACAAGAUUUACAUCACUUCCAAUGAUUUGCCCGAUCAAAUAAAGACUCAAUUGAAGAAUUUCCGAAGUAAAGUUGAACUUGUUUGUGAACCUGAUGAUAAGACUACUAGUUUGAAUUGUGUUUCAGCCUUUUUGUUUCUUCGAUUCUUUUGUCCAGCUAUAUUGAAUCCCAAAUUAUUUUAUCUUGCCAAGAACCAUCAAACUGGAAGUACUCAACGUACAUUGACAUUGAUUGCCAAGAUUCUUCUCAAUUUAGCCAACAGACAAGAGUUCAGUGUUCAUAAAGAACCACACUUGAUCAAACUAAAUCCAUUUUUACGAUCACACAAGGAUGAGGUUAUAACCUAUUUCAAUCGAAUUACUGGUAGAAGCAAUGAUUUCAAUGAAAAGAUAUUGGACCUCAGUCACGAACUCAAGAGAAUUAAUCUUGGAUUAGAUCAAAGCUCAAAUGAACUUCCAAGUACUCCUUACCUAAUUGAUCAUUAUUUACGCUUGACCGAAUUGGCAAUAUUAAUAGCCAGUGCAGAAACUUCCUCCUCCACUAAUCAACUCAAACCUUCGGGCAGCAUUACUGGAGAUGCAGUAUCGAGUAAUUUUUCCAAUUCAGUUUCCGCUACACCACAAUUGGAAUUAAUUCAUCCCAACUUGGAUGAACUAGAUGAAGGUGAUGAAAAUAAAGAUGUAUACAAGAUUGGUGCAUUAGAAUUUGAACGCAAUGAUUUGCUCGACUUAGCAGGUGAAGAUAAUGCUGAUGGAUUUAUCCAUUCAUUGUGUAAAGACAAUGAACACAUUUUUUCAUUUAUUAAUGAAAACAUCACCUUCAAGGAUAUUCAAAAUCAAAGUCGCAAAUUGGCCAAGAAAGUUAAUGACUGGGAUACGUAUCUUGAAAAUUAUGAAUUCCCCAUGAAUUAUUAUUCAUCAAAUGAUUUGUUAUGGCAAGUUUUUGGUCAUUACAUAUUAAAGAAUACGUGGCUUGAUUCAAGAGGAUGUAUAUCUAGUUCAAGCUCAUUAGGAUUUUCACAAAAUACCAGUGGUGGAGGUUCCCUAUCAAUAUAUCGUCAACGAGGUGGAUACAAGAACUUGAUUGAUGAUCAUGCUAUGGCUAGUUUGAAAUUGAAAUUUGGCGAUGAACAAUAUUAUCGAUUGAAAUCGACUUCGUUAUCAAGCUUGAAUAGUACUGGUGGUGUUUUCAGUGGAAGUAGUAUUGGAAGUUCAGAACGAUCAUCAGGUAGUGAGAGUUUGAAAAAGAUAAAAAGUUGGUUUAAGAGGUGA